CGGCGGGAGGGGGGCGCGCGCUCUGGAGCUGCUGCGCGAGCCGUUGGGGCCUGACGCGGAGGACGAUUCACGGCCACCCGGGAGCCGCGGAGCCGCCCUAGGAGCCGCCGUCGGAUGGCGAUGGGCGGGAGCCGGCGCCCGCCGAGGACCCGCAGCGGCCGCCGGUGACAGCAGACUGCGCUCCUUCUGCGGCUUCCAAGGCGCACUCUCCCCUGACCCAUCCCUGGCAAGGCGGUGGCAAGGCCGGGCGCCACCAUGAACGAGGUGUCCGUCGUCAAAGAAGGCUGGCUCCACAAGAGAGGUGAAUACAUCAAGACCUGGAGACCUCGUUACUUCCUGUUAAAAAGCGAUGGUUCAUUCAUCGGCUACAAAGAGAGGCCAGAGGUCCCUGACCAGAGUUUGCCCCCUUUAAAUAACUUUUCUGUAGCAGAAUGCCAGCUAAUGAAAACAGAGCGACCUCGGCCCAACACCUUUGUCAUCCGAUGCUUGCAAUGGACAACGGUUAUCGAAAGGACCUUUCACGUGGAUUCUCCAGAUGAGAGGGAGGAGUGGAUGAGGGCCAUCCAGAUGGUGGCCAACAGCCUGAAGAAUCAGGAGCCCGUGGAAGACGCGAUGGACUACAAAUGUGGCUCCCCCAGUGACUCCUCAGUGGCCGAGGAGAUGGAAGUGGCUGUCAGCAAAACACGGACGAAGGCGACCAUGAAUGACUUUGACUAUCUCAAGCUUCUGGGCAAAGGCACCUUUGGCAAAGUCAUCCUGGUGCGGGAGAAGGCCACAGGGCGCUACUACGCCAUGAAGAUCCUGAGGAAGGAGGUCAUCAUCGCCAAGGAUGAAGUUGCCCACACAGUCACUGAGAGUCGAGUCCUACAGAAUACCAGGCACCCGUUUCUCACAGCACUGAAGUAUGCCUUUCAGACAAAUGACCGCCUCUGUUUUGUGAUGGAGUAUGCCAACGGUGGGGAGCUGUUUUUCCACCUGUCGAGAGAGCGCGUCUUCACGGAGGACAGGGCGCGGUUCUACGGGGCCGAGAUCGUCUCUGCCUUGGAGUACCUGCACUCCCGGGAUGUGGUCUACAGGGACAUCAAGCUGGAGAACCUCAUGCUGGACAAAGACGGACACAUCAAGAUCACUGACUUUGGCCUCUGCAAGGAGGGCAUCAGUGACGGGGCCACCAUGAAGACCUUCUGCGGCACCCCGGAGUACCUAGCCCCAGAGGUGCUGGAGGACAACGACUACGGGCGGGCGGUGGACUGGUGGGGGCUGGGCGUGGUGAUGUACGAGAUGACAUGUGGCCGGCUGCCCUUCUACAACCAGGACCACGAGCGCCUCUUCGAGCUGAUUCUCCUGGAGGAGAUCCGUUUUCCGCGCACGCUCAGCCCCGAGGCCAAGUCUCUGCUGGCUGGGCUGCUGAAGAAGGACCCCAAGCAGAGGCUGGGCGGGGGACCCCGGGAUGCCAAGGAGGUCAUGGAGCACCGCUUCUUCUCGGCCAUCAAUUGGCAGGAUGUCUUGCAGAAGAAGCUCCCACCUCCAUUUAAGCCCCAGGUCACAUCAGAGAUUGACACACGGUACUUCGAUGAUGAAUUCACAGCGCAGUCCAUCACCAUCACCCCCCCAGACCGAUAUGACAGCAUGGGCUCCCUUGAACCUGACCAGCGCACCCACUUCCCACAGUUCUCUUACUCAGCCAGCAUCCGGGAGUGACUUGACCGCUGGAGCGGAGCCCAUGCAGGAUGGACAGGCAGCUGCCAAGGCCACAGGCUGCCUCCCUUUUGGGUCACUUUGCCUCUGGUCCCAUCCCCACCCUCACCCACAUGCUUUUUUCCUCCUCCCCGGCCUUGUCUCUGAAGGAUCCAGCCCUUCCUUCAUCUCUCCUUGCCUGGCGCUCACUUGCUAAUCUUCCCCCGACCAUGGCCCUUCAGCCCUGGGGGGCUCCGGCAGGGAGAGGGCAGGGGGAGUGACUUGGCCCAGGGAGACUUUUUAACCAGGCCACAGGCCCCCCAAGGUACUAAGGACUUGGUAAGGCCAGCUCACUGCUGGCCUCACAGCCUGGAAAAUUCUCACGUCCAUAAGGGGAACAUGGAAGCCCUCCCAGUCCUGCUCCACGUGGGAGGCUGCUGGGCUCCCAGAUCUCCUGUGCUGAGCUCUUUUCUCAACGGUCACAUGGUAGAUGUGGCCAGCCUUGUCCCUCUGGGCACCAAGGAGGUCUCUGCCCUCCCUCAGAGGGGACCCAGGAUCCCUUCUCCCUCUGCUGGCUCUAAUUGGCCAGGCCUGUGGAGAGCGGUGGUGCUUUAUCCUGGAUGAGUCAGCCAUCAGCCCCUCUCCUUGGGCCUUGACCUCGUGUGUGUAUCAGGAGAGUGCCCAGCAGUGGCACCCUCGCCAGCAAUGGGCAGGCGUAGCUAUUAAAGCAAUAAUGUCUCGUACCCGAGCAGCCUUAAAGCCGGAUGCCCCGGAGCCCUGGUCGGCUCCCCUCUGGCCUGUCUAAGGGCAGGCUUGCAGGGGCUUCUAGGCCCUUCCUCACCAGAUGAGAUGGCUGGGAGCGACAGGGCUGGGGUGGGGUUCUCAUCACCUCCAUUGAGGUCAGCUGUAGACAUCUCGGGCUGGCCAGAAGGGGAGCAGGCCGCUUUUUCUCUAAGGAGAUGCUGGCUAUGGGGGCAAGCUUGGGUGAGCUUGGGUAGGCCCCCAGGAGCAGUGGCUCCCCUGUUGGGGACCUGCCUUACCAUGGAUACAGGGAAGCAGAGGACAGCACUCUUGUCUCUCUGCCCCUUUCCUCCUUCCUGGACACAGCCUCCUGUCCACUGUGGCAUAUGGCCACCCCACUGGGAACUCAGAACCCUCUCUCCCAGUGCCUUAUCUGGAUAACGUGAUGGCCUCCCCAGAGUGAAAGGUCAAGGCCAGGGAACAUCAGGGAUUGGAGGCCUUGGGGUGGGGGUGGGGGCCUUGGCUUCUGUUGCGGGGGGGCGGUGAUGGAGGCUCUGGUACAGUGUGUCACAUCUUCCCCCCACCCCACCAUUUUACCCUGAUUUCUCUCAGUCUCUUCAUCUCUCCCUCCUAGCCCCAAGCAUUUUCUGAUCCUGUCCCCAUUCCUCAGCCUCUUCCAAAGCUGCUGGCUGGGCCAGAGCUUCCGAAGACUGGGGUGACCCAGGGCGGGCCUCCCUGGGCAUUCUCCCCUUAUCCCUUACUGAAGGCUUCAGGUCACAGCUCUAAGAGGAGGCUGGGCCCAAAAGCUUUUUGUACAAGGUGGCUGCACCCUGAGUCCAGAUACAAGGCUGGAAGGGCCAGCUCAGGAGGGCGUUGUGAACUGGGGCCCUGCUUUGGGUUAGGCUCAAGGGUACAUUCAUCACCCCCCAUGUCCCCAAGGACUGGGGUGGGGGGGUUCAGAGCUGUUACAGAUUCCUUAAUGCAACAGUGUUCAGGCCCCCAGCUCCCAGGGAAGGGGGCGAUGGGGGUAUUAGGUCAAAGGUCUCGUUCCAGUGCUUUCCUCUGGCCGGGGCAUCUGCUCAUGGAGGCCCGGGGUUGGUCCCAUUUCCCUUUCUGCAUCUCCUGAGGCCUGUUGCCUAUGCGGUACCAGAAGAGCCUUAAGAUGAGACGGGGCAGGGUGUGCUUGCUACAGGGCCCCUCUUCAGCCCUGCCUGAGCCCAAACACUCGGCCCGAGAGGCCUGAGGGGCUCGGCCCUGCACCUCCCUCAGAUGUUUCCUUCUGCUCACAAUAGACUGAUGGGGGGGGGUAAUGUUGCUGUCUCCCCCAAACCCAUCUUCUACCUUGUGGGGUUGGAAGCAGGGGGGACCAAAUGAUGGCUCCUCACAGCAGCUACAGCGUGUCGGGCUUGGUGCCCGAGUGUGUGUGAGUGUGUGUGUGUGUGUGUGUGUGUGUGUAUACAUAUACAUACAUAUCUAUAUGUGUCUAUGUUAGGGAUAGGUCCUUCCCUAGGACCCUGGGGGUGGGCAGAGCGGGUUAAGGGCUCCUCAAGGCUCAGGGCCUCUCUCCUGCCCCACCCCAAGGACACCUCCCUGGGGCUGCUGCAGCUCACAGGGGGCCGGGGACCUCCUGGCUGCCUUCUUGGGGGUAGGGGGUGUUUUCAGUUUGGGGGGGUUAUGUUUUUCCUCAUGAUGCAGGGGAGGGGACUGGAGGCCAGGGAUGGCAAAGGCUUUGUGUGGGGAUUUUUUUGUGUUUGUUUCUGUAAAUCAUUUUAGCUACUUUCUUUCUCUCUGAAUUUAUACGGUACCAACAAUUAAAA